GUCCGCGACUCCCUGAAGUACACGCGCAUUUGCAAGUACUGGAGCUCCAAUCGGUGCAAGCUGGGCCAGGACUGCAACUUCGCACACUCGGAGCAUGAGCUGCGAGACCAGCCAGACUUGGUUGGCACUCGACUGUGCUUCCAGUUCUCGUCCAAAGGUCGAUGCAAGAAUGGUGACAACUGCAAGUUUGCUCACGGCAAAGAUAAGCUCCGCAGCUUGCCAAAGACAAGGAGACGGGAGAUGGAGCCUAUGAAGAUCCUAGUUGGCAACCUGAGCUUGUCGGGUCUCACAGUGUGCGAUCGCGAUGCAUCUCCCCAGAAGAUUGCGGAGGUCUUGCCAUUGAAGGCUCCGCCUGGCUUGGCUCCUCCUCCUGGCCUUUCACUACCGGGGACGGCAUGUUCCACCGCCAUCCCAAGCCCCGCAGUCUCAGCUGCCUCUACUCCUCGGUGCCCGUGA